UGGACAGGAUUUGUGACAAUGUGUGUGUGUGUGUGUGUGUAUAUAAUGCAUUGCAUUGUGUUUUGAAUAAUGAUUGUAGUAUUUGUAUAUAGGUGUACCAUGUGAUAGUCAUCAUGAUAUCUGGAAUGUUUAGGAGAUGGGAGAUAACCAUAUUCAUAAUAGAAUAAGCACAUGACCUUUUAAUUUUCAAGAAGACAAGACAAACAGAGCUGAGACUAUGGCAGGUCACUGGCAUAGGGAAGAAAGGAAAGCUCUAAGGCAAGAGGCCAGACUGGAGCACCAAGAGCAACGCCUACACAACAAGGCCGUCAAUGCUGCACUGCAUGGAAACAUUGGGAAAGCAAUCUCCCUGGAGGCUAAAGCCCAGGGCAAGCAUCACCAAGCUGAACAUGCUGCACACAGGGCAGACUUAGUGCAUGACGUCGCCCACCAUCAUCAUGGCGGUCACCACCAUCAUGGCGUCCAUCAUGGUCACCAUCAUGGUCAUGUCGGGGUGGGACACCAUCACCAUGUCCACCACAUACCACCCCCAGCUGAGGUGGUGAUUGUGCAUCAAGCCCCACCCCCUGUGGCUGCUGUCCCACCCCCUUCUUACUACCCAAUGGGAUCGCAGGCCCCCCCUCCAACACAGCCGGCAGCGUACCCACCUCAGCCGACCUCCUAUGGAUACCAGCCUCCACCACAGGGGGCCCCAUACCAGCCCCCACCCCAAGCAGCCCCGUACCAGCCUCCACCACAGGGGCCCCCGUACCAGCCCCCACCCCAAGGUGCCCCAUACCAGCCUCCACCCCAAGCAGGCCAAUACCCGUACCAACCCCCACCCACUCAGGGAUAUCCUCCAUCCAGUUAUCCGGGAUAUCCCUAAGGAACCAUAUUGGACUGACUGUCUUAGUUACUAAGAAAAGUUGUGCAUUAAUGAAUACAGUAACAUAAUUAUUAUUGUGUGCAAUUGUAGAUACUAUAAUUAUGGUCAUCAUUAAUUGUAGCUGCAUGGCCAUGGCUGUGCUACUAGUAGUUUAAUGCUUCA